AUGAGCCCACCCAGCGAUGUCAAAGUGGUGCUACUAGGGACGGAGUACUGCGGCAAGAGCUCCUUGGUGGAGCGCUACUUGCACGACCGGUUCCGAGGAGAAAAUUGCUAUCAGAACACGGUCGGAGCCGCCUAUGGAUCCAAGUUGUUUGAAAUCAACGUGAACGGAAGUCCACGGGCCUUGAUCAUGGGCAUUUGGGACACGGCCGGGAGUGAGCGCUACCAAUCCAUGAGCCGCUUGUACUACCGCAGCGCCCGGGCCGCCAUCCUGUGUUUCGAUAUCACGUGCCGAGAAUCCUGGGCCAAGGUGCAGUUCUGGAAGAAAGAGGUCCAGCGACACGAGCGACUCUGCCGCAUCUACCUGUGCGCCACCAAAAUGGACAAGCUACUGGCCGAGGAUCAGGCCGACGGGACGGAGGGCCACGCCCCCGCCAUUGAAGGGGCGGUGGUGAGUCGGUUCGCCCAAGAGAGUGAGGCCGCCUUGUUCCACACGUCGAGCAAAACUGGCCAACAAAUUGCUUGGGAUUUCGUCCAAGAUCCCGUCAACUUCACGUCGGAUUACGACUCGUUGGUGGACCUCAAUCGACGCGAGAGCCGCCGGGACAAGUACAAAUGUUGCUUCUUCUUCUAG